AUGUGCACCGUGAAAGGUCUCUUGGGAAUCGAGACAGACCGUAAUGUGUUGCUCAAGACGAAAAAGCUGGUCAAGUCUGUCGUCGCUUCUGGUAUUGGUCAUGCAGAUAACAUAAUCACACUGUGCGACUACUUUGAGAAAUUGGGCCAGUUUGCUUUGGAAAGUAAUGAGCUAAACGGGAAUGAUAUUGCUGCAAGCCUAUGCAAAUUCUCAGUCGUUCAUCGGGAUCUGGCGAAUAUGUCCAAGCAUUUGAUGCAAAACAUGAACAGUAUACUCGUUUUUCCCAUGGAAACUUUCAUGCAAGGUGAUAUCAAGAGUGAUCUAAAGAAACCGUUUGAACGAGCCUUGAAGGAGUACGAGUAUAAAUACGACAAGUUACGCAAAGAAAAGCUGCAACUGAUGAAAGAAACUGGCAUUUUCACUCCCGAGGUAUUCACAGCGGAAAUGACGGAGGAUUUAGAGAAGGAGCGACGGAAACUACAGCUUGAAACUUGUGAAUAUCUGAUCAAGGUAAAUGAGUUAAAGGCCAAACGAAGUGCGGAUCUUCUGCAGCACUUGAUCGAUUUCUAUUACGCACAGAGCCAUUACCUACGUGAAUGUCUUGGCGUAAUGGAUCAUUUUGGGAAAUCAAUGAACGAUCUGGCUAAUCGCGUAACUGUUUUACAAAAGAUCCACGAUGCCCAGAAGCGGCGGUUGGUCGAUACCCGAGAGGAAAUUCGUGUUAUGCUGGAGAAAGAGUCUGCCCAAGCAGGUGUGACUUACGCGGCACAACCAGCUCAAGUCAAUCGGGCUUACGGAACAAGAAAAAGCGGAUUUUUGUUGAAGAAGUCUGAUGGAAAAGUCAAACGUGUAUGGCAACGCCGUCGUGUGCGAAUCGGGGAUGGGGAAUUGUGGCUCUAUCAUGCAGACGAGUCAAAACCACCAGUUCGACUUGCACUACUCACGUGCCAGGUAAAGCUGCCCGCAGAUACGACUACCAGUUCACUCGGAGUUGGUCAAACAGAUACAGAUGUUUCUUCUGUGAGCGCAGCUGGAACAGACGGAAAAAAUCACUUCGAUUUGGUUUCUAGUAAGUAUUUCGAUUUCUUCGGUUUACACGACAUACCCUUCAUUGAUUUAUGCUCUAUGGCACGAUGA